UUUAUUUUUAUUGCAGCUCCCCCAACAUCCAUCUCAGUGAUAGCAGCAGAUACACCUGCACCAUUCAGCCGGUAUCAAGCCCAGAACUUCACCCUUGUCUGCAUUGUCUCAGGAGGAAAGCCAGCCCCAACGGUCUAUUUCAAAAGAGAAGGAGAGCUGAUUGAAGUUGUUGCAGUAGCAGAACCCCCAUCUGCUUCUAUAACAGGAACAAAGAACAGCAGACCGAAACCCCUUAUCAGCCGGGAUUUGGAUGAUACCAAAAUGAGGAAAUCCCUCUCACUCAUGGACUUUCAAGACAGAGGAAGACCCUUCACAGAGAACCCUUUUAAGAGUAUUACACAUGACAGUGGCCUCCGUGCCAGUCCAGUGACUGAAGCUAUUUCAGAGACUGUAAUAAGCAGGGAAUUUCCAAGGUGGGUUCACAGCUCUGAGCCUACCUAUUACUUCCGACACAACCAUAUUCCUAUGAGUGAUGGAACAGUAGAAGUGCGGGCCACAAUCACCUGGACUCUGAUCCCUCAAAUUGAUGACAAUGCCCUUUUCAGCUGUGAAGUUAAGCAUCUGGCCUUAUCAAUGCCAAUGCAGUCUGAGGUCACACUUGCUGCUCCAAAGGGUCCCAAGAUAACAAUGACACCAGCAAAACCCAGAGUUGGUGAUACUGUCAGAAUUGCUGUUCAUGGUUUUCAGAAUGAAGUAUUUCCAGAACCCAUGUUUACAUGGACUCGUGUAGGUGGACGACUACUCGAUGGAAGUGUAGAGCAUGAUGGGAGAGAACUUGUGCUUGAGAGAGUUCCUGCAGAACUGAAUGGCUCUAUGUACCGUUGCACAGCCCAGAAUCCACUUGGAUCAACAGAUACACACACUAGGUUGAUUAUUUUUGAAAAUCCAAACAUUCCAAAAGGAGCAGAAGAAUCCAAUGGUUCCGUAUCCCACUGUGACAGGUUUGGACUAAUUGUUGCAGUGAUCAUAACAGUUGUUACUGAACUGACGUGAAAUGCUCACUAGAACUCAUCUGAAAGAAAAAACAUGCAACAUUUACUCUGCCAUACAUUGAUUUAACAUUUUUUAAAACUUAUUACAAUCCUGUUAUUUGGUCUUUUCCCUGUCUGUGUCUUGGCUUCCUUGGUCUGAUAAUAAAAAGAAAGUUGUCUGUUAAA